UUUUUUUUUUUUUUUUAAACAAGUGAAAGUAAAAAGACUCAGAGUCGGGGUCAGGAUCAGGACCGGAGAAGACGCAGUGUCCCCUGGAAGAGACAAGCAUGGAUUAUCAAAGCCUCGACACGGAAGACAAUGAACUCAGGAUUGCACUGGUUGGAAAAACUGGAGUUGGGAAGAGUGCAGCAGGGAACACCAUCUUAGGAAAACCAGUUUUCCUAUCCAGGCCAUCUUUCUCCUCUGUGACUCAGCAGUGUAUGAAGAAAUCAGGAGUGAUUGCUGGUUUAACUCUGACUGUUGUUGAUACUCCAGGUCUGUAUGAUACCAUCAAAAAAAAAGAAGAGGUGGUGAAAGAGAUCGGUAAAAGUAUCUCAUUCUGUGCUCCUGGUCCUCAUGUGUUCCUGGUUGUGAUCCAAGCGACCAGAUUCACAAAAGAAGAGGAAGAAACCGUGCACAUCCUUCAGAAGAUGUUUGGUGAAAAGGCCAAACUGUACAUGAUGGUACUGAUCACCCAUGUGGACCAGGUGAAGGACGGUGGAGUUUCCAUGGCUGAUUUAAUCAACGAGAACAAACCUCUCAGGGAGUUCAUCCUGCAGUGUAAGGGAGGAUACCAUGAGUUUAACAACAAAGACAACAGUCUGUAUCAGGUCAGUGAACUGGUGAGGAAGAUCAACGCCAUGGUUCGCAACAACGGAGGAAACUUCUACUCCAGUGAGAUGUUUGAAGAGGCUGAGAAGGCCAUAAGAGAAGAAACGGGACGUCUGAUGAGAAUUGAAAACAUGAAUCGCAGGGAAGCAAGAGCCACAGCAGAGGAGGACAAUCCCUUCAUCUGGAACCUGGUGAAGACCUUUUCUGCUGGACUUAUUACUGGAGCCGCAGCUGGAGCUGCUGUUGGAGCCGGAACUGGAGCGGUUGUUGGAGGAGUGGGAGCUGCACCGGGAGCUAUCAUUGGAGCUGUAGGAGGAGCUACAGUAGGAGCUAUAGGUGGACUUGUGAUAGGGACCAAGGACAAAUGUGUCAUUCAGUAAAUCAGGGCAGGGAAUUGUAAUUGUCAUGGUAACAGUGCCAGUCAUUAUCUCUCAUUAAUGAGUCACCAAUUAACAACAUGUUUCUUAAUAAAAACAUUUUUCCAGAUGAAAAUCUGAAUCUGGUCCAUCAUUUAUUGAAAACAUUAUAAACUGCUCUCUGUUUAACGUUGCUGUGUGCUGAGCCCUGGUUGUCACAGGGUUGCAGCUCUAACAGGCUGU